AUGUCUGCGGUUGAAACUGAAAAUCGACGAGAAAUUGCUCGAUUACCAACACGACCAAUUUCACUUGAAGAUCGUUAUGAUCCUCCAGCUAAUUUUCUUGAAAUUGAAGUUCUUAAUCCUGAAACACAUGGUUUUGCUGGAAAACGAUAUACUGACUAUGAAGUUCGAAUGAAAACUAAUUUACCAGUAUUUCGUCUAAAAGAAUGUACUGUUCGUCGUCGUUAUUCAGAUUUUGAAUGGUUACGUAAAGAACUUGAACGUGAUAGUAAAAUUGUUGUUCCACCAUUACCAUCAAAAGCAUGGAAACGACAAAUGCCUACUUUUUUUCGUCGUGAUGACGGUAUUUUUGAAGAUGAUUUUAUUGAAGACCGACGUAAAGGACUUGAACAAUUUAUUAAUAAAGUGGCUGGUCAUCCAUUAGCACAGAAUGAACGUUCUCUUCAUGUUUUUCUUCAAGAACCAGCUAUUGAUCAUGAUAAAUAUGUUCCUGGAAAAAUGCCAUCAGGAAUACCACUUACAGCUCGUACUUUAAAUUCACAUCAAAAUGAUUCUCAACGGAUCGCAAAUCCACGUUUGGAAGUUAAUGAACGACGUCUCCGUCCUAUUUAUGAUUACAUGGAAAUCCAUAAUUAUCGUAAAGCAUUAACAGAAAUCGAUCGUCUAUUAAAAAAACAAGCAAAUUUUACUGCAUGUAAAGCACUUAAAUGUCUUGUUUUACUUAAACUUGAAAGACCAGAAGAUGCAAGUAUAUUAGCUAAUGAAUUAGAUACACUUGCUUCAGCUACGACACGUGCAGCAGCACCUGGUGAUGCAUCAAAUAUGGAUGAAAAUGCCUUAACAUUUUUUUCUCAAUAUUAUAAAGAUUUACGACAAUAUGAUAAAGUUGUUUGGCUUUAUGAAGCAGCAGCAAAACGUGAACCAACUAGUGAAGAAUUUCUCUGUUCAUUAUUUAUGGCCUAUGUUCGUAUGAAAGAUUAUAAAAAUCAAAUGUUAACAGCACAAAAACUUUAUAAACUUACACGAAAAAUUCCUUAUUAUAAUUGGGCUAUUAUAAGUGUACUUUUACAAAUUGAUGAAAAUUCUAAUCAAUUAAAACAAACACUCUAUAUUCCAAUGGCAUUGAAAAUGCUUGAUAAAGAAUUUUUCGAUGAAAAUCUUCAACAAAAUAAACCAUAUGGUGAAAUGGAAUGUUUACUUUAUUUACAUACAUUAGAAUUAAAAGAAGAUUUUUCUAAAUCAUUAAUUUUUCUUAAUAAACAUUUAGAACUUUUAACAAAAGCAGCAACAAAUGAAUCAAUGUUACCAGCUUAUUUUUCACAUGAAAAACCAUUAAUUUAUAAUUAUAAAGCAGGCAAUUUAGAUGUUACUUAUCAUUUAGCUAAACAAUAUUUAAUUGAAGAUAAUUAUCUUUGGAAUUGGUAUGAAGUUUUAUUUGAUACUUUCUUCAAAUUUGAUACGACAAAACAAGAAGAACUUAUCAAAGAUCUUCAUGAAUUUAUUUUGACUACUCCCAAUCAAACUGCUGAUUUACGUAAUAUUCAUCUAGCUCGUAUUGAACUUGGCCUUCGAUGGCAACUUACUAGAUUUAAAAAUAAUUUAUCAACAUUACCUGAACUUGCUUCUACUUAUCUUACGAAUUCAUUUUUCAACGAAAUUAUAUCUUAUAUUGAGACAUAUUCAUUAAAAACUACUAGUUUAGUUAUGCAUGAUAUAUAUCGAGCAUUCGAAUAUCUAACAUCUGAAGAUCGAUCACGUUUACAUAAACAUCUUAUUAAUCAAUUAACAUCUGAAACUAGUCAAACUAAUAUACAAUAUUUAAUAAAUAUACUCUAUUGUGCUCGAUUAUGUGGUGAUAUACAUCAUUCAUGGUUAUCAGAAAAUUCUCAUUCAUUAAUACAAAAGCUACUUGAUUUAGUUAAUCAAUCAUCAACACCAUUACAUUUAUCUAUUGAAUUACUUACAUUAAUAGUGAAUAUCAUGGAUGAAACUAAUCAAUCGAAAAGUGAAUUGUAUACUUUAUUAGAUCGUACAUAUGAUAAAGAUUCAUCGAAUUUUGAUGUUAAAUUAUAUAUGUAUAAUAUCGCAUUACAUUUCAAUUGUAUAACAAUAAUGAAAGAUUUAUUUGAACGUCUUGAAAUAAAAAAUAUUCAAUAUUAUUCACUUGGUUAUUUAUUAACAGAUCAUUAUUUACGUAUACAUUCAAAUUAUCAUCAUAUAAGAAGUUUUUUUAAUUAUUUAACAAAUCUUUUAUUUGUUUAUACUGAUGAUUCAUGGGGACAAAUUAUGUUUUGUUAUAAAUAUGGAAAUUUUCUACGUAUUAAUGAAAUUCGUACAUUUUCGGAUUGUUAUCUUAGUUAUUCAUUAAUUUAUAUACAAUCAUUAAUAGGUUCAAUUAUAAUUGAUUUAAUACAAAAUGGAAAUCGAUAUAAUUCAAUAGGUAAAUUAUUAAAAUAUUCAUCAAGUCAAGUUUUGUUUGAUCAUAAACAAAAAAAUAAGAAUAAUUCAUUACAUUCAUUAUUCUAUAAAACAGAUAAUAAUGAUGUAUUGAAAAUUCAAGAUACACGAGAUUUUGAUAUUUGGCCAAAAAUUGAUUAUCGUCGAUUACGUUUUGAUUCUGGCAAUGUGAAUGAUAAGCCGAUUGAGACAAUAUCUUAUGCUGAUCGAAUUCUAAUUGAAAAUUCGGGUCAAACAUCCUAUCAAUCACCAUCAUGUAAAGAUUUCUUUCUUCGUCAAUAUCAAACAGUUGAUUUUCAACAACGCUCAACUCUUUGUUAUUUUCGUGCAAAUAUUCUAAAUAUUAUCUAUACAUUAUACGUCGAUCCAUCAAUUUCUAAAACAGAUUUAGCUGCUUCAUCAAUAUCUGUAGUUCAUAUGCCGGAUGAACAAGUUUUUAAUUCAUUGAAAAUAAUCAUUAACGACUAUGAACAAUGUAUUAAAUCUUUAAAUCCUGUUGAAACUAUAACUCCAUGUGAAAUUCAAUCAAUUCUUGAACUUGAAUUAUAUAAAUCAAUACCAUUAUUUGUUCAAAUUUUACUUGAAGGAAUUACAUUAAAUAUGACUGCAGAAGCAUCAUCAACACCCUCAAAAAUAUCAUUAACAAAUACAAUAGUUCAUUUCGAUAAAAUUGAUCAAUCUAUAAAUGCAAUUAUCAAACAAUUAGAACAAUCUUAUAAAUUACUUUUAAAAAAAUUAGAAAAUACAUCAUUUCAAAAACGAUGUCAGGAAACAACAGAUAAUAAAAAUAUUGAUUUUCUUAAUGAUUUAUCUGGCAAACAAUCACCACUUGAAUUUUAUUCUGUUUAUACAGAAUUUAUAUCUUACACUUAUAGUUUAUAUUUAUCAAUUAAAUCAAUUCUAGCUACUCUAUUUAAUAAAACAUCUUUGUUAGUUGAUAAUAAUGAUACGACUAGUAAUCGUGCAUCAAAUACGAAAAAAUCGAAGAAAAAAGUAAAUGAACAACAAUCGUCAAAUAUAUCAAAUGAGAAUGAAAAUGAAACAAAAUUAUGGAAUCAAUUGGAAAAAAUCGAAUCUUUAUAUAAUGAACAAUGGACACAAAUUAUAGAAAAUAUUCGAAAAUAUGAAUUAUUUAUUCGAAUGCAAGCUAAAGUAAAUGAUAAUGAAUAUGAUCGACUUGAAAAAGAACUUAUUGGAGAUACUGAUCAACAAAUGAAUAAGUCAAAAUCAAAAUUAGAUGAAAAUGAUAAUAGUGAUUCUUCAUCAUUAUCAACUAUGACAAAGGAGAACAAUAAUAAUGAUGAACAAACAUCUAGUUCUGUUUUUGAAUUAGGAAAAAUUGUUAUGCGUCCAUCUACUGUGCAUACAUUUGCAUUAGGUUAUCUUGAAUCAUUUAUACAGAUACGUGUAUGUUUAGCAAGUAAACAAAAGACUCUUCAACUUCGUCAACAAUCAUCAACAUAA